GAGUGAGGAGUUCCAGGAGCGGAGUAAAAAAGCAAAGGAAAGGCAGGAAUGCAAUAAGCAUCCACACUUCUUGGGUUCUGCUGGAUAUGUGGGCAAACGAUCGGAGUGGAUGAUAGCAGACCCUCUAUCUUCACAAUCCUCUUGUGCUUCUGUUAGCUCAUCAUUACUGUCCAGUGAUCACAGUUAUGAUUGGGUACGCGCAAGACUUAAAAGUCAGAAGAAGGAAGUUAUUACAUUCCGAAUGAGAGUACAGAGGAGGUGUUUCAUAAAAUUAUAGAAAAAUGUGAUGAAGUUAGUCAAGGCACAUUUCAACCGAACAAAUAUGAUGACAUACUGACAUCGGCUCUUGGUACAUCAGAGGAAAAACGUGGCCAUGAUACUGUGAGAGGAAUUGGUUCAUACUCGAGUAUCAGACAAGUUUUUGGUAAACCAGAGCAGAAACAGCACACAUCGGGUGGAGUUACGCCUACUCCUGAGGUAAAGACGUUGUUGGAACAGUGUAGGCAAGCUACAUUGUUAGAGAUGCAACCCAAGAUUGACAUGCUCACUCAGAAACUCAAUAUAUAGAUGAAGAACAUGUCAAGCUCAAGCCAAUGUCCACAAGGAGUUUCAGCUGACACUCCUCAAAGUGUUUUUGUGCCUUGUGAUAUACCUCCGACCCGAAGCAGCUGUCAUUCGGUUGAUGCAUAUCCAGUAACCACAAUUAAGAGCAAAAAAAAGUGUUACCUUGCACAAUGUGGUCUCGAUGGCAAGAUGUUUGUGGUUGCACAGGGUACGGCUUACCCAACUACAGCUGAGACCACAGUGCAUAAUCAGCCGGUGUUACCUAACCAUGUCAAAGUCAUGGCAGAUGAAGUGGUUAUUGGUGCAGAGGAUUGUCCUCUCCCCGUGCCAGUGUUGCAGUAUAAGACUUUGAAUGAUGUUGUUGGUACUUACACACAAUGGCUUAUUCAUUUAGUUCUGUUGGACGAGGCAAAUGUCAAAAUAAGGUCACCAAGACAAAAUAAGCCCAUAAGAGACCCAAGUGUUGAUCUAUCUGCUUCUGCUACUCGUAGACUUGGCCCAAUUGUAGGUGAAAAUGUGUUUAUGCUUUUGGGGAAAAACUGCAAGCGGCUAGUCAAGACCUUGACAUCAUUUUCUGGUGACAAGGAAUACCUUGAUGUGGAUUUGGACCCGACAGUCUUCCAUCAUGGAAAUGUCAAUGGUGUUUUUGUGAUGUUAGAGGACAUCAAGGAUUUGCUAACAAUGAAUUGGUUAGAUGUCUCGGUUAUACAAGUGUUUAUGAUGUUUUUGAAUAGUCUGUGUAAGCAGUUUGGAGUAGCAUCGAUUGGGUUUGCAUGUCCAACACAAAUUUCAGCGGAUAUGGUCAACAAAAAUCCUGAAACUGUUACAUCAUAUUUGAUUCAUGUUAUGGACACACAUAAAGAUCAACAAUUCAUAUUGGCACCGUAUCAUCAAGAGAAUCAUUGGUUGUUGAUCGUGAUUUGCACCAACUUAAAAACGGUGUAUGUAUUUGAUCCUUUGAAAUGUGGGCGCACUCUUGAAGUCAAACCUAGUAUGAAUAUGGCAUUUCGAUCCGUUCCAACAAAUGGACGGGGUGUUAGAAGUAUGACUUGGAAGGAAUGCAAGUGCCCACAACAACUCGGAGGUUUUGAAUGUGGAUACUACACAAUGCGAUUCAUGUAUGAUAUCGUUACCAAGUGUUCAAUGCUUGAUCGUUUAGAUACGGCAUUGAAAGAUACCACAUACUCAAUGAAUGAAAUAGAAGAAGUUCGAGAGUUGUGGGCAAAAUAUUUUCUAGAAGAGUGCGUUUAGACUUUAUUUCGUUUUAUAAACAUGAUUAUCUCUAUUGUUAUAUUGUGAUGCAUGUUGUUUUUUAUUAUUAAUUGUGAAAGAUAUUGUGAAUUGUGGUGAUGUUUCAAUGUGUUGGUGGAUGGUAAUGUUUGUGUUGGUUUUAAAUAG